GAGUAGCCAAUCAGAUCCCUGAUGAAAUCCUAGAAGACGCUGAACUUCAGGAGGCUAUCAAGGCCCUCCCUGCAAAUUACAAUUUUGAAAUCCACAAGACUGUAUGGCGAGUGAGACAAGCAAAGGCUAAAAGAGUGGCUCUGCAGCUUCCAGAAGGACUCCAGAUGUUUGCUUGUGUCAUCGCGGACAUUAUUGAGAGGUUCACGGAGGCAGACACUAUUGUGAUGGGGGACGUGACAUACGGGGCCUGCUGUGUAGACGACUUCACUGCUCGAGCCUUGGGAGCCGACUUCAUGGUGCACUAUGGCCACAGUUGCCUGAUCCCUAUAGACUCCACAGCAGAAAUUAAGAUGCUCUAUGUGUUUGUGGACAUCCAGAUGGACAAUGCACACUUCCUGGACACGGUCAAAUUCAACUUCACCCCUGGACAGUCUUUGGCACUCGUCAGCACCAUCCAGUUUGUGGCAGCUCUGCAGGCGGUGAGUGCGGCUCUCAGGCCUGACUAUGAUGUGCUGGUUCCCCAGUGUCGACCUUUGUCACCAGGAGAGAUUCUGGGCUGCACCUCCCCUCGCCUGGACCACCACGUCAAUGCCAUCAUCUAUCUCGGAGAUGGAAGAUUUCACCUGGAGUCUAUUAUGAUCGCAAAUCCAGACGUUCCAGCUUACAGGUACGAUCCCUACAGUAAGGUGUUCUCUAGGGAAUACUAUGACCAUAAUGCCAUGCGAGAGUUAAGGCUCCAGGCUAUUGACAAAGCUCGCUCAGCCCAGAGAUGGGGCCUGAUCCUGGGCUCACUGGGGCGACAGGGCAGCCCUAAAGUCCUGGAGCACCUAGAAUCCAGACUGGAAUCAUUGGGCAGGUCCUUCACCAGAGUUCUCCUGUCUGAGAUUUUUCCCAGCAAGCUCGAGUUGAUGAGUGAUGUAGACGCGUGGGUCCAGAUUGCUUGUCCAAGACUUUCGAUUGACUGGGGAACUGCCUUCAAAAAACCACUACUGUCACCAUAUGAGGCAGCUGUAGCUUUGCAGGAGGUGAGCUGGAAGGAAGUUUACCCCAUGGACUUUUACUCCAAUCAGAGCUCUGGGCCAUGGACGCCCAACCACCCUGACAACAGGCCAGUGCUGCCCACGCGUAAACAAGCCCCGAAACAAGGCUCGCAGCCAGUCUCAAACAAGCAGUGUGACCGGACCCAGUGUGCCCCCUGUGGCUGCCAGGGAGAAUGACACUUCAACUCUGCCUUGGACAAUUUCAUGACACUACUACCUCUGCUGCUGCUGGCGGCUGGAGGGAGGUCAAUGCAGAGUGGCCAUUUCUGUGUCAGAGACCAAAGAUGUCUGGUGUGCCUCACGUGUCCCCCUAGUGGCCGCUGAUUUAAGUGCUCUGAACCUGCUACAGUACAGCAAGUGGUGAUUCACACUGGUCAGGAAUAAAUUAUUGGUCUGUUCAGCUCACGCCUGCUCAUCCAACUGAUGUUUGAUUCAUCUGCUGCACCACAUCAAUGGUAAAUGAGAGAAGCCUCUCAAAUCCUCUAUUCCUAUGCCUAACCAGAACUCCAAAUAUGUGUCUGGUACUAAAAAUGAAUCGCUUUUAUUCCGAAUUAAUCAAGAGGAGGAACAUUGUAAGCCCAGCAUUAGAGUGCAGGUCUAACCUUCAUACAUACAUACAUGGACAUGAAAAUAUAUUACCAAUGUUGGCUGUUAAGGUGAAGAAAUU